ACUAUCCUCCUGGAGUCAGUGCAGAACCACUCGGUCAAAAGUUUAUACAAUUAAAGCAAUGAAUGCCAUUACUGUAACAGUAGAUUUUUAUCAGUCUAGUCACAUGGUCAGUCACAUGUAGAGCUAAUCUACAUACAAAAUAUGGCUAAGAGCAGCUCAUUCAUUUCCUCACACAACCGUGUCAACGGGACCCUAUACCCUCUAUUUGUUGAACCGAGCCACCUGGAGAAGUUAAAGACAUUCAAAUUGAGGCCAGAUGAUGUGUUCCUUGUCUGCUAUCCUAAGUCUGGGACCCACUGGCUCAUGAAGAUUGUCAACCUUAUAAUGCACAAUGGAGGGGAUAACUAUGUAAACUCGACUCCUGGCAGAGAGGAAAUAAUGUGGAUAGAAGAAUCAGGAAAGCCAGGUCUUAAUAAAGUGUCCCUGGAUGAAUUACCAGAUCCACGUCUCUUUGCCAGUCACUCACACUACAGGCACACUGCUGGAGGGCAACCCAACACUUCACCAGCUAAAUACAUCUGCUGUGCACGAAACCCAAAGGAUGUGGCCGUUGCAUUUUAUCAACACCUUACAAAAAGACAAGGAACUGACGAUAGAAUAGAGUUUGAUUUGUCUUGGGAUGAAUUUGUGGAUCAUUUUUUAAGUGGGGAAGUAUCGUUUGGUUCUUGGUGGGAGCACGUUCCAGAGUGGUGGGCUCACAGGGACGAGUCCAACGUCCUCUUCCUCAAGUACGAGGAUAUGAAGAAAGACCUGCCAACCAGCAUCAAGACUAUCGCUGACUUCCUAGGCUAUAACAUCGAUCAGGACACUCUACAGAAGAUAGCUCAAGCUACUACUAUUGAGAGCAUGAAAGUGAACACUUCUUUAUGGAAGGAGCAACAAUUUCUACGCAAAGGAGUGGUGGGAGAUUGGAAGAAUCACUUCACGCCAGCUCAAAGUGAGGAAAUGGAUAAAGCUUAUCGCAAAACAGUCGAAGGAACUGGACUAGAGUUCGAGUUUGACUAACCUAAUUAACCACUUUUUGGCAUAGAUUGUAAUCAUAAUUACUUAAAAAAAUCAUGUGAUGAUGCUAUAA